AAAUUCUUCCUUCUCCGUAUUGAAAACGACAAUUUUUCACAGCAUUACCGCUGGCAUUAACUCCCCUGGUGAAGUUCCAUGGAAAGCAAUACAAAUUCGGACCCAGAAAUCUGGGACAUGGAUGAUGAGAUAUCCAGGGUAAAGGCAAAGAAGAUGAAGAGAAAAAAGUCCAUACCUGCAUUAUCAUUGCGCAUGGCUGGUUCUCUGGUUACAAUGAUGGUGUUAUUAUGGAGCAUUCGCUGUGGAUUCAGGCUGGCAAUGGAACCCUCGAGAUACACUGCCUAUGCUGCCCGGAGUUUCCAUAUCGGUGUCACCACCAUGUCCUUUGGUUUCCUGUUUCUAAUAGUCGGGCUCUCCAUACUAGCAGACCUGUUCCUGAAUAUAUCAGAACAGUUGCAGGAACCACCUGGAGCCCCACAAGCGAAGGAGACGAGGACAAUGAGCAAAGCUAUAGUUAGAGCUUUUGUGACCGUGACUGCAACGCUCAUGCUCUUGCCAGCAAUUUACACAGGAUUCCGGAUCACAACUGAAUCAAGAGGAGAUAUCAAGCAUCUUCUCCUGACAGUCUCCAUAGGAGUUACCACUAUUACAUUUGGUUUCAUUUAUUUCAUCAUAGGACUCGCCAUUGUUCUGGAGCUAGCAUUAGAUUUAUUGAGCCAUUUCCAGAAGAAGAAAAAAGAACCGACUUCCCCACAGAUGUAAUCUAAAUGUUUUAGUUUAUUGGUUGAUAAUAAUAUUGUCAAUUGCCACACAUUAACACAAAAUAUUCUCUGUUCCAUUUUAGACACACCGAGUGCAAUGCGAUUCCUUAUGAAAACAGACAAAUCUAUAUGUACAGAUGGACUUGAUAGUGUAAAAUGAAACUGAAAUCACUAG